GACUGCAAAAUCAGUUUCAUAACUCACAUGAAUCUCGGCUAGAUCACUGGAACAAAAUCUGGCGUCUCUAAGCAACCGGGAGGCGUUGAAGACUGGGUCACUUCCUAGCCGUGCUCUUGGCAGAGGCAGGGCAGAAGAGAGUACCGGAAGGCGGGCGGAACGGACUUGGCGGGAUCCGGGGAUGUGUUUAUGCAACGGACCUAGGAAAGGAAGUGUACCGUUAAGGGUCCCCACAGCCAGCCACCACCGGGCUGCCGUGGGGUCGUUCACCGUUGUGCCGCUUCAGGUGGACCUGAGCCUCUGCGUUUCUGGAGGUUAGCAAAAGCGGCAGGAAGGUCCAGACCUCAUUGUUCCGACCACAGACAAGGCGGGCUGACCUUGGCCUCUCGGGUUUGCACCUUGCGGCCAGGGCUUGGAGCAUGAUGACCUCUAGGGCUGCCUCCAGACUCACCAGGGCAACUGCCAGAGGCUUUCUUGUGCGAGGCCUCGGGUUCCGUGUGACUCCUCGGUGCGUCUCCCAUCCGGAAUCCCCUGCCUGCCGUCCAGCUCCAGACAGAACGCUGCAUGUCACCGCGGCGGCCUCCGCCGGACACAAUAAGUGGUCCAAAGUCCGGCACAUCAAAGGUCCCAAGGACUUGGAAAGGAGUCGAAUCUUCUCUAAACUCUCUCUCAGUAUCCGCCUGGCGGUUAAAGAGGGAGGCCCCAACCCUGAGCUCAACAACAACCUGGCCAAUGUCUUAGAGGUGUGUCGCAGCAAACACAUGCCCAAGUCAACCAUUGAGGCAGCGCUGAAAAUGGAGAAAACUAAGGGCACUUAUUUGCUGUAUGAGGCUCGAGGCCCUGGUGGCUCUUCUCUGCUCAUUGAGGCAUUAUCAAAUAGUGGUUCCAAGUGCCAUUUGGACAUUAAACACAUCCUGAACAAGAAAGGGGGAAUGAUGGCUGAAGGAGCACGCCACUCCUUUGACAAAAAAGGAGUGGUUGUGGUUGGAGUAGAGGACAGAGAGAAAAAAGCUGUGAACCUAGAGCGUGCCCUGGAGCUGGCAAUUGAAGCAGGAGCUGAAGAUGUCAUGGAAGCUGAGAAUGAAGAAGAAGAGAACCUUUUUAAAUUUAUUUGUGAUGCCUCUUCACUGCAUCAAGUAAGAAAGAAGCUAGACUCCCUGGGCUUAUGUUCCGUCUCCUGUUCUCUGGAGUACAUCCCCCAUUCAAAGGUGCAACUGGCUGACCUUGACUUGGAACAAGCUGCUCACCUCAUCCAGGCUCUCAACAACCAUGAAGAUGUGAUUCACGUUUAUGACAAUAUUCAGUAACCAGACUGUAUGUGUCUUUAGGCUCUUUCUUAUGCAACUGGCAGCCCAUCUUAGAGCACAGGCUCCUACAGCAUCUUCUGAGACUGAAGUAGGUGGGGAACCUAGCUGUUAGAAGGUCUGAUGCUGUGACUUAGAGCCUUAAAGAAAAGGGACUUCUACACUUUUUUGAGGUUAGCUCUUUUGGUGUCACAGGACCAGAAUGGGGCUAGCUAGCUGAUCUGCCUCUGAUAGCAGAUGACUGGCCCAUGUGGGGAUUAUAAGUGUCCUGUGAUAUUGUAUAGUGGAAAUUGAUCUUCAAUAACAGUGGUGAAUCUUG